AUGUCGAAGACCUGGAAGGAGUUGCUGACCCGCAACUGCUACGUACCACUGGAACCGCCAAGAGAGAAAGGAAACCGUGAGAAUGUGGGCUACGAGAUUAUGGUGGUUAAUGCGACCUUCUCCAACACCAUCCGAGACAGCAGAGACGUAUAUUUCGUGCUAUGGCUGUACAGCGUGCAACAGAUGAAGUUUUUUGGCCGUUCCUGCAGGAGCCGAGCGCAAACGGUCACCGCGUUGCCAGAGAAGGCAGAGUACCUACAGAAAGUCACCUUUUAUACGACGUUACUUGAAUGUGAAUUUCGCAUGGUGGUUGAAGUUGCGAAGGCUGUUGUCGGCGGGGACGGAGGCAGUGAUCAUAUGCUUGGUUGGGGUGUGGUCUCGUUUGAAGAUAUACCGAAAACUGGUUGCGCUGAAAAGCGAUUGCAGAACAUUCAAGAAAUGGUCAAGUUUCUGCCCGAAAACACGCUUGUUUUGUCUGAAGAGCUUAUACCGGGUUAUCGGCCGUCUCCAAGUUCAAAUGGCUCUGUCGUUAUCAAGCCCGUGUUAGACCAAGUGUGCGUCCAGCUGGGCGAACAUCGAAAAUACCUACAAAUGGAGAUGUGCCGUAUCGUCAACGUCGAACGGCUGACGGCAGAAAAUCAAAAGCCGGACGGAAGUUCGAUGCGCAUCAUCGAAAGCCGUUUGAGAAUCGGCAUUCAUAACGGAUGGAAGUACCUGGCCGAACCGUAUGUGUUUUACUUGUCGAACCACAAGCUGGCGAGGGCGGGCAGCUUACGUCGCGUCGUCGAGAUGCCAUCCAUUCACAGUGCCAACCACUCGUCGACAUGGGCGUCUUACUUCUCAGAACGAGUGACCAUCUUGCAUCUAAUGUCUAAAGUCGAACUGCCAGAAACGAUGGCAGACGACGGUCUAUGCGUCAUUUUCCAUUUUGAAUACGUGCUUGCAAGCAGGGGAAACGCGACAACCUCAAGAACUCAGCCAGUCACCGUGGCUUUCGCCGUUUGGCCUCUGAAAGAAAUCGCAUCACACGCUUCAUUAGACGUUUGCCUCCGGACGCAAAGGGGUAUCGUCAGAGACCCGUUGAACAGGUUAUUUCUUCGAGAACUCGAUUCGUUUUAUGCACAUAAAUCGAACAUGGCGAAGGACAUAUGCAUCUGUUUCAAAGAAGGCUCACAAGAAGGACUACUGUCGGAAGGUUCACUGAAAGAAGAUGCAAAAGUCAAACCAAAACCAGCUCCUAGGAAGCAAGUUCAAGACGAUGGAAGCAGAGAGUCUUCAACGAAGAGUGAGAAAAGUGUUGUGGAAUCAGAGGAACCUGGAAAUAGUGCUGUUGGUCGUGAUGUAAUUCAUAAGCAGCAGCGUUCUUCGGGCGAUGCAGUGGUAGAAGUCCUUUCUCCGCCACCCUCUGUCGCCGCCGAAAUUUCAUUUAAGUCCAACAGGGCCACAGAUCAUUUGUGGCAAAGUGGACCAAUGCCGGUCGACGACAAGUACAGCCAGCUGUCGCCAUUGUCUGUUCUCCUCACUGCAUGUAAUCUGGACGGUGUGCCGGUUGACAGGAUCGCUUCUGGCACGACGGUACUGAUGGAGAGAAAAUUAUUAUGUGAACAACGGAAAGAAUUUUCUGCUAUUGAAGUUGUUUUCCACUUUUUGGGACUUCAAGCAUAUCAACCGUCGGCCGACCAAAUCGGUUCUGUGUACUGUAGUUUCCGGUUCUAUCACUUUGCGUCGCUGAUCAGCGAGCGAUUGGUCGCGAUGAAAACCGAACAGAUUUCGUCGGAUCCUUCGCUCAGAAUUUUCUACAACGAACGUACCGGCUCUGGCCAGAACGAAGGCAAUGCCGGUUAUGAGGUAAAAUUCGUAAUGGAUGAAAUGGGUGUUUACGACAAACAAGAGCAGUUUGAAAAUUACCUGAAUGAAAACGAGCUACGAAUCGAUCUUUGGAACGCUGAAUCUGCCAUGCUAAUCGGCUAUGCGGUUUUGCCUUUAAAGGAAGAGCGGUCAUGUUGCGCUUUAGAGACUCGAUCUGGAAUGUAUAUACGUGUCGCCUGUUCUAAAGUGCUUAAAGUGAAUCUUCGCGAAGAGAAGGAACAAAAAUUAGGGAAUGGUGUAGUUGCCAAGAAGAUUUCUUCCAGCUUCUACCAUGUACCUUCUGAAACUGAACUGACAGCAAAGCGAUUGGAUUAUCGAAAUCAGCUAGAGAAAAAAAUCAGGUACAUCAAACGAAUUCGUGAAUGUGUUAAGCGAGAAGCCAUUCUGGCCGCUUCUUUGAAAUGGGUGACUACUUCGUACAAGAUUGCGCCGAGCCUCGGCACCUGUCAUUUCUUUGAACACCGAAUAACCAACUUUGAGCCUGCAUCCAUUACGGUGACAGUGGAAACCACCGAUCCGGACUUAAAAGUGGUCCAUAACUUCGACGAGUACCGUCAUUUAAAGCAAACGUUUACGUCCGAGACCGGUUUGACAGAUCCUUUACUCCACUGCAUAAGGGCUUUCGACGACAACAGUGUGGCUCAAUGGGCCAUCGAUCUGGGCCAGGGCGAGUCGUGCGUCGUGCCUUUCCGAUACCAGAGCUUUCGCUCAUUGAAUGGCAGGUUUUCUGUCAGUGAGGCAAUUCUCACCGCUCUUUUAUCGAAAAUGGUCCAAGAUUCGUUUAUGCAAGCGAAGAUCGUCAAGGUGAUAUUUCGUAACUUGUCCACUGGUCACGUGGUUUCUAUGGCUCUCCUACACGUCGAGCCGCAUCUCAGCGUCAUAAAUCACUUGUACCGUUUUCAGCAGGUAGCCGGCUGUACGGUGUCACGAACGCUAAAUAUCUCCCCUAAAGAUGUAAAUUUGAAUUAUUUUUCAGAAGUUGAAUCAGUUCUUGUAUUCAUAGACGCAAACUUGCAGCCACGUAUCAGCAAAGUCUUUUGUACUGAUUCAAAUGUUUUGUGCAAACUGGAAGACUCAACGAAUAAUCCUGGAUCACAAGUGUUGAAGUUUCAAAACUGCGCAGAUCCAAGUCCUUCGGUAAAAGUGCUCAGUUUUUUGUUGUACGAAGAUGCCUAUAUGGCAUCGUUGAAGUACCUCUAUCAGGUGUACGUUCAUUCGACGAAGAUCUUGGAGACCUCCACAACCCAGGGCUCAUUUACGGAAUUCUCAAUCAUAUUGCAGUAA